GGACAGGGGCGGGGCGAUCGCCUCGUUCCUGUAGAGCCGCCAGGAAGGAGGAAGGGCUGGCCCAAGUGAGCCUGACGCCAGGGACCCCGCAACUGCUUCAGCACCCGGUGCCAUGUCAGCGCACAACCGGGGCACGGAGUUCGACCUCAGCUGGAUCUCCAAAAUACAGGUGAAUCAACCAGCAGUUCUGAGGCGUGCAGAACAAAUCCAGGCUCGCAGAACUGUGAAAAAGGAGUGGCAGGCUGCUUGGCUCCUGAAAGCUGUUACCUUUAUAGAUCUUACUACACUUUCGGGCGAUGACACAUCCUCCAACAUUCAAAGGCUUUGUUAUAAAGCCAAGUAUCCAAUCCGAGAAGAUCUCUUAAAAGCUUUAAAUAUGCAGGAUAAAGGCAUCACUACAGCUGCUGUUUGUGUCUAUCCUGCCCGCGUGUGUGAUGCGGUGAAAGCACUAAAGGCUGCAGGCUGUACUAUCCCAGUGGCAUCAGUGGCUACUGGCUUUCCAGCUGGACAGACUCAUUUAAAAACACGAUUAGAAGAGAUCAGAUUGGCUGUGGAAGAUGGAGCUAUGGAAAUUGAUGUGGUAAUUAACAGGACCUUGGUGCUGACAGGCCAGUGGGAAGCCCUGUAUGAUGAGAUUCGUCAGUUUCGCAAGGCCUGUGGGGAGGCUCAUCUCAAAACCAUCUUAGCAACAGGAGAACUUGGAUCACUAACUAAUGUCUAUAAAGCCAGUAUGAUAGCAAUGAUGGCAGGAUCAGAUUUUAUUAAGACUUCUACUGGUAAAGAAACAGUAAAUGCCACCUUCCCGGUAGCUAUCGUAAUGCUACGGGCCAUUAGAGAUUUCUUCUGGAAAACUGGAAACAAGAUAGGCUUUAAGCCAGCAGGAGGCAUCCGCAGUGCAAAGGAUUCCCUUGCUUGGCUCUCUCUCAUAAAGGAGGAACUAGGAGAUGAAUGGCUGAAGCCAGAACUCUUUCGCAUAGGUGCCAGUGCCCUGCUUUCAGACAUCGAGAGGCAGAAGAGACUGGUCAACAUGAAAGGCUGAAUACCUUGAGAGAGGAAGGAAUAAUAGAAGGAAUGCAGCAAAGGAGGACAAGAACCAUAUAACUCCUACUUCAGCAUUUUGCUAAGGAGCAGUGAUGCCAUCAUUUAUUCAUUCAUUCAUUCAAUUCGACAAACAUUUAUUGAGUGUAAACAAAUUAUUUUUUAUAUCUUUCUUCUUUCCAAAAAGGAUUUUUGUGUUGUGUACACACACACCCAGUUCUCAAUGUGAACAUGAAGUAAACCUAAGACCACAGAAUAACAUAUUACAGAAAAAUGUAAAAAGUGGCUGAUCAUAGCUCAAGGUUUAUAGAAAGUGCUCUGUAAAUGAAUGUGUUAUGGGUUAUGACAGGCACAAUUCAGAGGAAAGGAGAACUCCCAGAAGAAAAGUGGUAGGAUUGGUGAGUAACUAGAAGUGGAGGUCGCCCCAAGAUUUCUGGCUUGGGCAACUAAGAGUCAUUAUAACAGAUAUAAAAUAUAGUCCAAGGAACAAAUUUAGGGGGAAGAUAAUGAGUUCAGUUUUGGAAAUAUGGAGUUUGAAGGCAAUAUCCAGUUGGCAUUUGGGUAUACUGGCCUGGAGCUAAGGAAAGAUGUUUCUAAACUGGAGGUAGAGCUUUUGGAGUUAUCUGUUUUUAGGUGGUAGUUUAAUAUGUCAGUUGAUGGGAUUGCCCAGGAAGAUUGAAUACACUGAAAAGAAGGCCAAGAAUAGUAUAACAACUUUAAUGGGCAGCACAAACAAUGUGGAAAAGACAGAAUUGGGAGUAGGGGCACAGAAUUGCAAGAAAGAAACCAAAAGAUGGUGAUGUGACUGAAACUAAGAGAGGUGAAAAUUUCAAUGAGGAUAAAAAUAGAUAGUGGUGGCAAAUGCUUUAGAGGGAUUAGUGAGACCAAUUUAGAAAUUGGAAACUGGGGAACAACUCAGAUAUUUCCAGUAAUGUAAUGGAAGUGAAAGCCAGAAUUCAGUAGGUUGAAGAGUGAAUGUCAGGGAAAGAUGCAUAGAUGUUAAGUGCAUCUUUCAAGUUAGGUUAAGUCUAUUAAAUCCCCAAAUUGUGGUCUCUGGCCAAGGAAUUAUAUUUUGCUACUAGGAAUUAUCAGAGAUGUGCACAAAAAUGUACAUACACAGAUAUUCAUCAAAACAUUAUUCAUAAUGAUAAAAAAUUGGAAACAACCUUCAUGCUCAAUUAUAACAUUGCUUAAGUAAUUUAUGAUUUUGUCAUAUGAUAAAAAGUAUUCUGCUGUUAAAAUUUUGUUCAAGAAAUAUACAAAAAUAAAAAAUGCUUGUAAAUAUGUUCUCUAA